AUGACAAAGACACACAAGGUAAGGGAUAUUUCCUGUGAAUGCAGGUCGGACAAAGUUAAUCUGACCACGAAGAUAAAGCAGACACUCCAUCAGUGUCUGCCGAAGCUAUCUAAGAGCAACAAGGUUGGUCCUUCGCCCCCCGAGUCCAAGUCCGACGUGGCGGAGCGAUUCUUGAAUCUGGUUCCCGUCGAGCCCGAGGAUACACAACCAGACCAGAUUGCUGAGAUCCCAGUUGACGGUGAGAGAAAAGCAGCAGUCGCACCAACCCAGCCCGCAAAGCUCUCUAAGAGCAACAAGGUUAGUCCUGCGCCCCCAUCCACCCCAGCUACACCAAACCAGCCUGCAAACGUGGAUGUCGCCGUGCUGCCGCCUCAACAACUAUCGCGCGAAGAACAGACGACACUCGACAUAUUCGCCCAGCACUCACAGAAAACGAGAGAGGAGCUGCUUGACAAAAACAUCACCGAGAUGGGAUACGUGAGAGACCCAGUGCCCCGUGAUGGCAACUGCCUCUUUGAGGCGUCGGCCAGACAGCUCGGUAGGGCAGAGCCAAGUAUCGCCACCACAGCCCAACAACUCCGGCACUUCCUUGUACGCUACAUCCGCCACCACGCAGCCAGGUACUCCGUCGCCGUGCCGGGCGGGCUCUCGGAGUUCCACCGCCAGCUGGAUGAUCUGUCCCGGCCAGGCCACUGGAGCAUGGACCUGGCAGACACCGUGCCGGUCGCCUUGGCGGAGUUUUUCUCCCGGGAAGUUCACCUGAUCACCUCCCGGGGCGUCCUCGUGGUGACGCCUGAAUGCGAACUGUCAGGCUCCGCUCUAAUCAUGGCUUACCUGGACACCCCGGGGGGUGAGCAUUACGACGGCAUCCGACUGCCCGGGUACCGCUGA